GGUCCUUGGAAAGACCCUUUCGUGCAAUCGGCCUCAGAUUAACUGUGGCGUACCUGUACCUGUUCUCAAUUGCAUAGGGCCAAUACCUCCACUUGUUUGCUGUCCAGUUUCUUGAUCUGCUGAAGAUUUUGAAAGAAAAUGUGGUUUGCAGAGGCUGAAGAAGUUGUUGAAGUAGUAAGGGGCCAUUUUCCGUGGACAUGUCUUCUCAUUGUUCCGAUUUUGAUCGCAAUUUCGCCUGUUCAUGGAGCUCAUGACUUCACCGCAUAUCGAAUGCAGCAGUUCGACCUGCACGGGUCUCAGUAUGGCUGCAGGAACACCUUGGUCAAUCUGGAAGCUCGGCCAAUAUCAGCUAAGAUGGUCACUAGGAGGUGCAUCCUCGCCAGACUGUCCGAGGUGACCGCUGAUCGUUACAGGGAGUUGAUAGAGCAGGGUGCAGGGGCGUUAGUCAUCUUGCUUCCUGAGUCGUUGACAUCGGCACCACAGGAUGUGCUCAAUCAAUGGAUGGAGUUAGAACCUUUGAUGUUGGAGCAGGAGACAACUAUGCCAGUGUACUUUGCAUCAGAGGAUGAAGAACUAUUGUCCAUUCAUAGUGACAUCCAGCAAGCAGUCAGUGGGGACCAAGCACCAUCAGCUGCACAGGCCCUUCUGAGUGCUGUUUAUGCCAAUGGUUUCCAGAUGGUUGUGUCUGGUUCUCAGGCCAAACCUAUCAAGGAUGGUAAUAUCAUCAGCUUUCAGGGUCAGCUGACAGGGAAGGGUGUAGAAGAUCAGCUUCCAACGUUAGCUGUUGUUGCUCACUAUGAUGCCUUUGGUGCUGCUCCGCAUCUUUCACAUGGAGCAGACUCUAAUGGUAGCGGUGUAGUGGCCUUGUUGGAGUUAGCUAGACUUUUCAGUAAGCUUUAUACCAGCUCUAGAACUCAUGCCAAGUAUAACCUGCUAUUCUUCCUGUCUGGUGGGGGUAAAUUCAACUAUCAUGGAACUAAAAGAUGGAUUGAAGAUCAGCUAGAGAGUCAAGAAUCUUCUCUGUUGAGUGAUGUAUCCUAUGUGAUGUGCCUUGAUACGAUUGGUGCCAGUGAUGAACUCUACUUACAUGUAUCUAAACCACCUAAGGAGGGUUCAGAAUCUCAUCAAAUAUUGCAGGGUCUUGAAAACGUUACCAGGUCCCUGUACCCAUCAAUGAAGUUCGGUAUGGUUCAUAAGCGUAUUAACCUAGCUGAUGAUUGGUUGGCUUGGGAACAUGAAAGGUUUAGCAUGCAAAGACUUCCUGCAGGAACCCUAUCUCAUCUCUCUGCCUAUGACAGUGCCUCAAGGUCUACCAUUACAGAUGAUAGUUCCAGGGUAGAUUCUAAUAAGCUUGCAAGAAAUGUGAAGAUCAUCGCUGAAACUCUUGCUCAUCAUAUAUUUGGUAUAGGAUCCUCAGAUAUGGAGGUCUUUGUCGAUGGAUAUGAUGUGAAUAAGGACUCGAUAGAUUCCUGGAUAAAGUAUUUAUCAUCUGAGCCCAGGUCAGCACAGCUAUUAACCAAAGAUCAACCUUUACUGCAGACACUACAGAGCGCCCUCUCUAGGCACCUCAAAGAUGUCAAACGGCUAACCAUCAAAGCAGAUAAGAGGGAACCUGAGUAUGUUUUCUACGACGGUCUCAAGUUCACUGUGCAUGCUUACAAUGUAAAACCAGCUGUGUUUGACCUGUUCCUGGCUGCGGGCAUAGCAAGCUACCUUGGACUUAUCUAUCUAACAGUGCAAAACUUCAGCAUGUUGAAGGACACCGUAAGAAGCUACGUUGCCAAGAAACCCAAGAUACACUAGUCAGCAGUGGUACUCUUUAAGCUUUCUAUGACAGUACACAUCAUCUGGGUCUAUUUACACAAGGCUUGUCAAUUGAUCAUACAGUUGAUUUGUUUUGAUGGAUUGCAUAUAAUUAGCAAUGCAAUCGAUCGUGAAAAUCAGCAGAUGAUCAAUCUUUAAACUUUGUGAUACCAGGCCCUGUCUGGAGUCAGAUAGGAAUAGUGUUGACCUAUCUAUACUUGUUGAUAUAUCCUUGAACAUGUAUGGAUGUAAUUGCAUUCUAUUGUUUUAUCUCAGUCUGGCUCUAUACAGAUGUUUUUUUUUAUGUGUGUUUUUCAUUAUUUCAGGUGAGUGAAGUCAAUUGCACUAUUAAUGCAUGUUAUAUUGAAGUAUUAUUGUGCUUAAAAAAAGAAGGGUUAUUGUGGUGUGUUUACAAUGAGUGAAAAUAAAAGAAAACUCCAUAUUUUGUUAAUAAUACUGUAUGACUGGCUGGGAUACGGGAGGGGGGGGGGUGAUGAUGUUGUAUUGAUGUAAUGAGAUCCUAUGCAUUAUCCUUAUAUGGGGGGGGGUACAUGAUUUUAAUCCUCCAAGGUCCCUCUAUUUCAAAAUAUGGAAAUGUGAAACGUGAGGGAUCCUUUAUUUCAUCAAAGAGGAAGUUGCUUUGUACUUCAUCUUGUGAACAUGCAUUCAUUAUCUUGUGGAAAGUAAUUUGGAAAUGAAAUGAUUACAGUGGUCUCCUGUAUAUUGUAUCCAGAUGACAGAAUGAUGUUGAAUAAUGAAAAGUUUGGUCAUGAACACGGAAUGAUAUGUAUAAUGAGAGCAUGAAUAAAGAAUGUUAAUCAUAAUCGUCCUUGAGGAUAUGGUAAAAUGACAUCCAUAUUGCUCUUUCAGGUGUUUGGGUAUAAGAUUAGUUCGUGCAAUUCAAUCUGAAUAGAAAUAUGGUAAUUACAAGAAAUCAAUAUGUUGCAAUUGAACUGGCAUCAUUUAGCAUAUCCUUGAACUGUUUUAAUCUUGUUGGAGAUUGGUUGAAAUGAUGAAUGUUGAUUGAUAAAUGAUAUUUUUUUAUUUUUCAAUGUUUCAGUUGUGGUUAGUAAUAAUCUUGCACAAAGUAAGAAUUUCAAAGGAAUCCUUUUCAUUAAUGAUAUGUCAAUGUUUUAAAACAAUUUGAUGUAUCACAAUGAUUUGUGAUCAAUUGCAAAUAGCAAAUAGGUAGAGAGUAUGAACAUUGAACACUAUACACGUUAACUAGUAUUUUGAUUGGCCAGUCUGCUAUUUUGGCAAUUGAUGGCAAUUAAUUGUGUAAUGAUGAACCCAGAUAUUUAAAUCACAAUUUGAAAUCAAUCAAUUUAGAUAUUUCACAUAUGUACAAUUCACCAGUGUGUUGUUGUUUUUGUGUGUACUUUCCGUCGUAUGUUGGCUAAAGAUUUUUUUUUCUUGCCGCCAUCCCAUUGUGGGGGCAUCAACCUUAAAGGAGAACGAAACCAUCGGAACAAGACAGCUUGUGUGAAAACAGAAAAAUUAAAGAAACAGAUCAACAAAA